AUGGAAAGAUCCUUAGCAACUGUGAUGGUUCGGGUCGUGGAGCAGCUUUGUAAAAACAUUGAAACUGCAAUCAGUGCUUCUUUUUCGAACAAGAGCACAAAGGAUACAGGCAGCUCCAUCAUAGGUUUGAAAGAAGAUGUGCAGAGCUAUCCCGCCUGCUUCAUCACAAUGACAUUGGAGACUAUUACCACCUUGAUUCAUUUUUGCUUGAUUGAUGCGCCUGCCGCUGGAUCUACUACUCAAACAUCUACACCACCGCCAGUCACUCCAGCAGCUGGCGGAACUAGCGUAGUUGGGCAGGCAAUGGCUGUAAUACCCGGCACAAAAGGCGCGACGGAAUUAUUUUCCAAUUUGGUAAAAGUGUUCAGCUUCAGUGAUUCAACAUCGGGUGCUGGUGUAAAUCUUUCGAAAAUAGAAGGUUCGAGAGGGAGUAUUGCGCUGCGGCAAGCUCGCAACGAUAUGCUCACCUCACUCCCUCAUGCACUUGCUACUAUCUGCGAUUUGUGGACUGUGAUAAGGAGCAAAGAAGAACCGCGUCUGCCGUUAGGAUCACCGCAGCAACUUCGACAAUUAGUCUUAGAUUUACUGUCGCCUAUUGCUCAGCAUCAUCAGCAAGCGUUUCUUACAUCUCUUUCACUAGUUUGGCUGACACGAUCGGGGGCCGGUGUAAAUGCAUCCAGGAAAAUCGAUUCUGACCAGCCGAACUUUCAAUACACCUCCUCCCAGCAUGACAUUGCGAAUCUUCUUCUGAGUUUGAAGGUGAUAUCUUUUGAAGAA